AUGUUCUCGUCUGUGAGGCGGCGGUGCUUGAGCGAGGGGGAGGCAGAUGCGGCGCGAACGAUGAGGGCGGCGCGAGGGAUGGGGUUGCAUCUUCAAAAACACAAUCGCAGGCCCAAAAGCCCAAAAGGAAGGGCAAUGUUCAUUUUUUCUGCCAUCAGUCACCACACGCAACACGCACACACUCUCAACGGCGAAAAAUUGUCCACCGGCGGAUGGUCAUCACCAACUCCGACGAUUAACGGUGAAACUUCGCGGCUUGUUUGGCCUUCAAGGUCGGUUCCGGCCGAGAAUCGUGCUUCAAAACGCAAGGACGGUCGGAUCUGA